AGAUCAUUUUUCAGAUAGAAUAUAAAAAUGACUGAUACGAGAAAAGUAGGAGUCUUUGAAUUCUAUUGUCACUACAACAGGUUGAAAACAAAUGGCCAUGCAGAUCACAUUUCUAACUAUUUCUGUUGCAACAUUCCUACUGGCAGUUCCUUGCUAUGGAGACAGCUGUAUAUCAGGAAUAAAUCACAAAGCAGUGCCUGGUCCUGAACCAGGCAUGAGGGAGUGCAAACUGUAUUCUCAAUCUUCAUGUUGCUUUUCUAACUACACUGAGCAACUAGCUGUGUCCCCGGUCAUUAAGGUAGAUAAUACAUACUGGAACAGAUGUGGUCAACUGAGUUCAAGAUGUGAGGAGUAUAUGAAGAAAAUAGAUUGUUUCUACCAUUGUUCACCUCAUGCCUUCAACUGGAUCAAUCCCAAUAACUCAUAUUCAAUUGUUGCGGCUCCAAUCUGUCUGAGCUUUUGUGAUGACUGGUUUGCAGCCUGCAUAAAUGACCUGACCUGUGCUAGAAACUGGAUUUCUGAUUGGGAAUGGGACGAUCAUGGAAAUCACUGCAGAAACGAAUGUAUUCCAUACCAUCAGAUGUACAAGGAUGGAAAGGACCUCUGUAGUAAUAUGUGGGGUAUGACAUUCAAUGUGAUUACAUGCCCAUGUCACUGUCUGAUGAUGGAUGAUGAUGACAAUAAUAUGAUCCAACAUCUGAUCCACAAUAGAGGAACAGUAGCUCCAGCUGAAAGCCAUACAGAACUUCAGCAAGCACCUUUCUGUCAGCGGAGGCACAAAAAUAUGAAUGACAGGAAGAAUAAGAAAAAAGAAAUAAAGGGGACAAAAUAAUGAACAGACCAGAUGAAUGGCACAAUUCCUGUAUCCCCAUUCCACAGUAAAGAGCUGAUGCCACUGCUGCUGAUCAGGGAUUUACUUGAAGAAAAAGGAUUAAUGUUUUGAACAGCCAAAUGGACAAUAAAUUUGUCAAAUAAAGAUAACAAUAAACAUUUUUGAAAAAUCA